AUGACAAUUUUUAACCUACUAGACUUUGGUGAACAAGGCAUAUAUGAUAUUGUCAAUAAUCUGGGCUCCUUGGCAGCUCGUUUCAUUUUCUUACCAAUUGAGGAAAGCUAUUACCUUUUCUUUGCUCAAACAAUGCAAAGAGAUCUUCCAGCUGAACAACAAAAAUCUAUAAAGUCAGCAAGCGAAACCCUAGAAAUGCUCUUAAAAUUAGUUUUCCUAAUUUCUGUAACAAUCCUGGUUACCUUUGGUGGUACGAAUAACCUAAAUGACAUUCUUCAUCUUGGAAUUGGAGGUGUAAACUUUAUUCUUGUUAUACUGAUAAUCUACGUGAAAGAAGAAAAGCUAAUGCUCUAUAUAAAAAAGCAAUACUUUGUUAAAAAGAAAGCCGUAUGA